ACGUCCAUAGAUGAAUCACUACAGAAUACUACCAAUAGACAUGAGACAUCACCACUACGAAGUGCAUCCCUGCCCAACCAUCCCUCCCUCCAUCAGACACGUCUCCUCCAAAAGAAGCCACAGAAGAAUUCCCUCACUUCAGCCUUACAUCCAUCACACACUCCCGACACUCUAUUCCGGAAAAAUUCUUCACACCCACAAAAACCGAACUUUGAACUUGGGAAAAAACCGGUCCAGUACCACGGUUCAUACCCGACAACAUGCAACCAUGGAAAAGGAGGCAGAGGGGAUAAAGUCAAACGCCUGAAUGGAACAAAUGGACGAAUGUAUGAUUGGAGGGUGAUGAAUUGGUGGUCUUUUCUCCAAACGGCGCGCCCGUGCCGAUUCCCGUGUCGCGUAGUUAGCCCGUUAGCA